AGUCAGAGUUGAUUUGUUCACAUCAACCAAUUGUAGCCUUGGCUGGUGAUGAUGUCAUUCUACCAUGUCGCCUUGAACCUGCCAUCAGUGCCAGGACAGUAGAGUGGACUAAACCUGGUUUGGACCCAAAAUACAUCCAUAUUCACGAAAAGGGACUGGAGCAUUGGAUUCAAAAUCCUUCUUAUAAUUUCCGAACACGAGUGUUUGUGGAUGAACUGGAACAAGGAAACGUCUCCAUGAAAAUCUUCAGUGUGAAACUGUCUGAUGAAGGAAAAUACAGAUGUUACAUUCACUCAGUUCAGGAAGAAGCUUUCAUCCAUCUCAGUGUUGGUUCAGUCUCGUCACUUGUCAUAAAGGUUACUGCAAAUACAAGUAGAACACUGGUGUUACAGUGUGAGUCUAAAGGCUGGUAUCCAGAGCCUGAGCUGUUGUGGCUGGACGGUGAGGGAAAGCUGCUCUCUGCUGGACCUACAGAGACAGUCAGAGGUCCUGAUGACCUCUAUACUGUCAGCAGUGGAGUGACUGUGGAGAAGAGACACAGCAACAGCUUCACCUGUAGAGUCCAACAGAAGAUCAUCAACCAGACCAGAGAGACACAGAUUCAUGUUCCAGGUGGUUUCAUCAAGGACCCAUCUGAAGAUUAUCUGGUGAUUAUUGGGAUUCUUAUGCUUGGGAUCCCUUUUAUUCUUUUACUGGUUGUAUUUUUGCUGUGCCGUCAAUGUAGCUCCAAAAUAUCUACAUCUGAUGAAGAAGGACAAUCAACACAACUAUCUGAACCCACUACAGAGGAUUUGACCAGAUAAUCACCAAAUAGAAGAGGCAGAGUUUGUACUGUGCAGCAACAAUAAACAUUUUCUCUAGUUUCUUUAUAACAUUUGUGAGCAAAUUAGAUGUAUAAUUUGUAAGUCAUCUGAUUGUAAAUAUAGUGAUCAGGGUUCACAUCAAACUAACAGGAUGUUGAACAAACUACAGCCUUUGUGAAACUAUGAACUGUAGUAAACUCUGGAAAACACCUUGUAUCUGUGAACAACAACAAUGUCCCCAAAUGAAAUGUCUGUGGUUGAAUCUUCCUGCAGAACUCAUGUGAUCACCAGCAAGACCUUGUCACAUCACACUUGUAUUUAUUAGAGGAGUAAAUUACAAACCACUUUACUGAUUCAAAUCAUUUUGUUCAGUUCAAAGUUCAAAGACAGGUGGUCACUGAUAAUCAAUCAUAUUUGUAUUCAAAUGCAUUUCAGUUUGUACAACAGUAAGUGAACGCGUCAUUGUUCUUACAGCAGCAACCAACGGCACUGAUUCAGUCUUCAGUGUUAUUCUUUAUUUGGAUCCCCAUUUUCUUCUUCUACAGCGGGGUCCACAUAAAAUCAUUCAUUCACAAACAGCACAUAAACAAACUGUGGUCGUCCUGUGUGGUUCAUGUGUGGAGACAAGACACACAGAGAGUUAGUGCUCAAACACGUCCACUAGAGGUCCCUGUUUCUCUAAAGAUAAAAAUGCAAACAUUUCAUUGUGUCAGAACAAAACAUGCUGACUGUUGUUUUUAAAUGUCAUGAUUCAAGUUUUCCUGUUUUUGAAUGAACAUUUUGAUGAAACAUAUACAAUUAUACUGCAUUUGAUCAUAUUAUAAAUUAUUUUU